AUGACUGCCUUUGCUCGUCCUUCCUUAAUCAACGAUCGUUAUUCAGUUAUUGCCGAGACUAGUGUAUAUACAUAUGAUGAUGAUCUGGUUAAUUAUGGUGAAUUUUUACAAAAUCAUGGUCGGUAUAUGACAAAAGGUGGUUAUGUUGAUUCCUCACGACGUAUCCGUUCACUCUAUCGACAACAAGGUGAUUUACAAACAUUAAAACAUGAUACUUCAGCAGAAAAUAAUUUAUUACCUUCACUUGGUAAACCUUCAAAAUCAGCACCACCAGCAACCAUAAACACAAAGAAACUAAAACCACUACAUGGAGAUGAAUUAUCAUCUUUUGAAUCGAUUUCAGAAUAUCAUAAAAAUAAAGCAAAAGAACAUGAUCGACAGAUGAAACAAAUUAAAAGCGAAAUGAUUAGAGCAAAACAAAGAGAGCGAGAAAUAAAACGUACAGAGGGCGAUAUUAAAAAACAACAACAACAUUUACGUCAAUCACUUAGAAAACUUGAUGUUGAGACAACAAGUAAACGUUAUAAAGCUGAAAAAAGUUUAUCAAAAAAUCUUGAAGAAAAAGAUCAAAUUGAAAGAGAACGGAUGAAAACUCGAGAAAAACAAACAAAAGAACGAGCGGAUCAUGCAAUUGAUUCAUUACAAGCAGGUAAAGAUAAAGAUCGUCGUAAUUUAUUAGUUUGUAAUGAUUUGGCUCAUCAAUAUCGAUCAAAAACAAAUCAACUUGAUGUCAAACAUAAUCAAUUAGAUCAAAUUCAAUCAGAAUAUGAACAGAGAAUUCAUCAAAAAGAGUUGGAAGAAAAUCGACUUAAAAAAGAAUUAGCUGAAAUAGCAUUAGCACUUAAUUUAGAAGCUCAAAAGGCGAAAGUUGAUAUGAAUGAUUUUCUAACCAUAAUCGAUCAUGAACGAACACAAGCGACCAAAUAUGAUUUUGGACAACAACAAAAGUUUGAUUAUAAACAGAAUAAAACAAAUUUGCAGGCUAAAAGUUACGAUUUGGAUAAACGUCGUCUUUCAGGUGAUGCAGCAACUCGUCGUUCAAUGCUUGAACUUAGACAACGUGAAGCACUUGGCCGAAUUAGUGAUACUAAGAAUCGAUUAGAUUCAAUCCAGAAUAAACAACGACAACUCAAUGCAAAUGCAUCUAACGCUGAACAAGAUCGACGUACAAGUCAAUUAGCGGCCAAAAUGAAUGAAGUGGAUAAACGUCGAUCGCAUUUAAUGAAUCAAUAUAUACGUGAUAAAACUGAAAAAAGUGGUAAAUAUGGAACUGAUGGAACAAAUACUAAAAUUAAAAUAUAUCCUACUGAUCCUGAAACUAGACAACAUGAAGAUCGUGUACGACAUUUACAAAAAACUCUUAAUAAAAAUAAGGAAAUUGAAUUUGAAUUACGUAAAUCUGUAAAAGAAGCAGAAUUUCAACGACGUAAAAAAGAACAAGAUAUACAAAAAUUACGAAAUGAUUUAAUACGUAAAAAACAUGAAGAUACUGUAAAAGUUCGUCAAGCUAUUGCUAAAUCUGAACAACAAGAAAGACAAAUAGAACGAAAUUUAACUAAAGAAAAUACAAAAUUAGAUAAAUUACAAACACAAAAAGGAAAUAAAUAUUUACGUUUAACACGACAACAAGAACACAUUCGUGAAAGUAAAUCAUUGUUGGAUUCUCAUGAACGUGAACAUAAACGUCUCUUACGAGCAGAAACUCAAUCACAUUCGUCGCAAUCACUAAAUAAUAUAUAA